UAUAAAGGGAUUAUUGUUGAUAUCUCAGUAGGCGCACUUGCCAGAGCUGUUGUGCCACUUUGCCUGUCGAGGAGCGCAUACCCGCGAGCUAACAAGACUGUAUUGGCAAAGAUUUGAUUGGAGGCUUUCAUGGGCAUCACGUGUCUCGGAACACCAGAGGUACUAAAGCCCCUGGGCCGUUAGUACACGUGGGUGACGUUAGGGCCGGCCCUCUCCGGGGUCCCUUUUGUUGAACUAUCAAACAUAAGCCAGCUCCCGAAGGCUUUAGAACAGUGUUAAGACCACUGUGUACUGCGCAAGUCCUUGGAGCAACGCCAUCAGUGUGGUAUUACUGACACCAUCAGCAUCCCACGCAGACAGAAGCGAUCAUGUCUAGGUCUUUCUACGUAGACUCUUUGAUUAUCAAGGAUCCCGCUCGCCCGGCUCUCAGCGAGCACACGGGACAGGACUUUCUCAUCCCCAUUGGCAUGCAUUCUCCCGGAGUGAUGAGCGUCACUGCGCCCCUUUGCCCGUCCCGGAAGUCCGGCACCUUCUGUGUCUGUCCGCUGUGCGUAACCUCGCAUAUCCACUCUCCCCGCGGUGGGAUCCCACUGCUGAAGGGACAGGGCUUCUCCGCCGGUGACGCGGCUUUCUGUCAGAGGGUAGCACACCAACACAGCCCCGCGUUAGCACACCCGGGACACGGACACCCGCCCACGAGCUACAGCGUCACUGACCCUCGGAGGUAUCACUGUCUAUCUCUAGGUGCGUCUGACAACAGCCACAUUCAGAACGGCAAACGGAUGCGCACCGCCUUCACCAGCACUCAGCUGCUUGAGUUGGAGCGCGAAUUCUCAUCUAACAUGUACCUCUCCCGUUUACGCAGGAUCGAAAUAGCAUCAUAUUUAAACCUGUCAGAGAAACAGGUGAAAAUAUGGUUCCAAAACCGCCGCGUUAAACACAAGAAAGAAGGCAAAGGUAAGCAACGGAGCGCGCACGCAGGAUGCAAAUGCUCGGGCAGCCACUCACACUAUCCGCGCUCGGAAGACGAAGAAUCUCUGUCACCUGUGUCAGCAACAGAGGAGAAGGGGACUUCACCUAUCUAGGGGCGUCGCGAACAACAUAGACUUAAGUUUGGUACCAUUCAUGGCACAUUUAAACGCACGGAUCCGAUGAAACGACUGAGUUUAUGGGACAUUGUCUUCCAUAUUUCCAUAACCCGAAGGGUAUGGAAGUUUAGCUACUACCAAUUCCUCCGUCUUUCCUCUUAAAGUAGACUAUUGUUUCACCCUGACACUAAAGUCAAUUAUUUGUCUUAUCUGUACGACAAACUGUGAAAUAAAAGUUCAGUGAAGUAAAAUACGUUUUUACAGUUUAAACGUAUUUGAAACGUCCACGGAUAAUCCAUACUAUCUUCCCUGUUCUUUGAAUAAUAAAUGUUGGAUAUAUAGAGAAGAUAAAACACUCCCUGUGUGAUAUUGAAAAUACGCAGACUGUUAAUCCAACCUGUCCUAGACUACUGAGAUACUGGGAUUUUUUUUUACACCUG